AAAGGCGCCAUUUUCCGCAAUCUUUCCCAAAGGGCAAUUACCAAAAUUUUGGGCAAACAUGAAGCCGCAAAGCCUCCUUCAAUUACCCUCCCAAAAGUGCACGACAGGCUGCCCAAUCCUUGACCGCUUGCUCGGCGGCGGCAUUCCUUGCGAUUCGGUAACUGAGAUCGUCGCAGAAAGCGGUUCCGGCAAGACCCAAAUCUGCCUCCAACUGUCACUCCAUGUCCAACUCCCUGUUUCCCAUGGCGGUCUAGCUGCCUCCUCUCUCUAUCUGCACACUGAGUUCCCCUUCCCCUUCCGUCGCCUUCACCAGCUAUGUCUUUCAUUUCGCUCCUCAAAUGCCCACCAUUUCCCCAUUAAUGACAACCCUUGCGAUCGUAUAUUUGUGCAGAGUGUACACUCUGUUGAUCACCUGCUCGAGAUUAUGUCUAAAACGGAGCCUUUCAUUGAAAAUUCGAAAACCCAAGUUCCAGUUCGUCUCAUUGUGAUUGAUUCAAUAGCUGCCUUGUUUAGGUCUGAGUUUGACAACACCCCGGUUGAGCUUAAGAGGAGAUCAUCCCUGUUCUUUAAAAUAUCUUCCAAGUUAAAGGCGCUUGCAAAGAGGUUUAAUUUAGCAGUUUUGGUGACGAAUCAGGUGGUUGAUUUGAUGGGACCUAAUGAGGGGAUAAAUGGGUUGAGGAUUGGGAAUUUAGGAUGUUUAUAUACGUCAGGUAGGCGGGUUUCUCCUGCAUUGGGGUUGGCUUGGGCUAAUUGUGUUAAUUCAAGGUUAUUCUUAUCGAGGAAUGAAGAUGCUACUCGUGAAGAGAAUGGAAAAUUAAAUGGGGAAAGCGGUGGUUUUGUGUUUAAGAAAACCAGGAGAAAACUCUAUGUUGUUUACGCACCUCAUUUGCCUGAAUCAUCUUGUGAGUUUGAGAUCACUAGAGAAGGGCUUUUUGGAGUUGAAAGACAGCUGACUGGUUGAUUUUUGUACAAUAAUAAAUCAUCUGGAGGCUGCU